AUGGGUGAGCGGAUGUUUGGCUGCUGCCGGAUGUGCGGACUCGAGGCUGACGCUAUCCCAGUGGAACUUAGUGAGCGACGAACGGAUAUCAUCCAGCUGGUCAAUACACGAGCAUUUUGUGAGCAAUUUUUUUUCGAUACGGACUCAUCGCAUAUGUUUAUAAGCUACUGGAGUAAAGGAAGGCCAGCGGAUAUCACGUUUAAUUAUGAAGUGGUUGGAGCGGAUCCAAUCUAUGGUUUCUCGCGAACCUGUGAUUCCACUCGAACACUUCGAGUUUUUAAUGAAGAGGUUGGAUUCCCUUCUCUCUUUGUCCGAUGA